AUGCAUUUCAUUGGUAUUGUAGUCCCCUUAAUUUUCAACGGCCUGAAUGAUUUUGAGAAGUUCCGUGUGACAAUAGUCAUCCGUACCGGUACUCUAAACCUCACGAGACCUGAAGGCAUCUUCGAGACCACAACGUACUACAAUCACCCGCAGUACAUCGAAGCUUUGCAAUCUGUGGUUCAACCGCACGAUAUCGGUCUACUAAAGUUCAACCGCGUCUUGCAAUUUACAGACCGUGUCCAGCCAGUACGCCUGCAGUCUUCGUUCGACGCUAACAAGGACUACAGUGACGUGAGGCUACAAGCCAGCGGUUGGGGACGUACAUGGACUUUAGGUGAGUCUCCGGAGAACCUGAAUUGGGUGUUCUUACGUGGUGUGUCGAACUCGUUCUGCCGCGGUCUGUACGGCAGCAUUGUGAUCGAUUCUACGAUCUGCGCCAGCGGCUAUAACGUUACCAGCCAGUCUACUUGCCAGGGUGACAGCGGCGGACCUCUGCUAGUAGAAGACGUGGACGGCCAGCCUACUCAGAUCGGUAUAUCAUCUUUCGUCUCUGGCACGGGUUGCCACACUGACUUCCCUGCUGGUUUCAUCCGUACCGGUCCUUACCAUGACUGGAUAAGCGAGGUGACAGAAUUGAAUUUCGACGUGCAAGUGGAACCUACCACCACGACCGUUGGUAUCGAUACCACCACCGCGGAACCUGAACCUACCACAGUAUCCGAAGCUGAACCUACCGUUAGUGAACCAGAACCCACCACGGUUUCGGAACCUGAAACCGAACCAGAAGCUUUAGAAGCACCAAGCAAAUAUUUCUUCUGGUUCAGAUUCUAA